UCUAGGGCCUGUAGAUGAGCUCAAUGCAUUGUUAUCAGUAUCAUCAAACCAGUCCCAGUCUUCCAUUUGUUUCCGUGCUACUCCAUAAUGUGAUUAGUUCAUCGAAAACUCAAAGCUUUCGAUACGCUGAACAUCUGCGGCCUCAUAACUACGCACACGGCCUUCUAAUGGAGGAACACGAGGAAGAUCAACUGGCAAUCGUGCUGAAUGGGAUUCCCGGAGUGAGACGGGUAAAGGAUUUGCAAGUCCGAGAUAUAGGUGCGAUAGGAGUAACUCAGAUGAACGUCCGUUUAUUGCUUGACCCAGAAGCCAACGAAGCGGAAGUUAAGGAAGCUGCCAAUGCUAUGGCAGCAAAAGAAUACAUUUGUACCUGCUUUGUCCAAAUAGAACGUUACAAAAAGAAAGCAAAGAAAAAAAGAACAGAAUGAUAGCCAGUCCGGUGUAUCUUAA